UAACCGUACGAUGAAUAUAAAGUCAGGGGCCCUCCAUUAGGGCGAUCUAAAAAUUAAACGUCUUAACAUUCUUGUUAAUGGAAGAACCUAAAGUUUUAACAUUCGGUUCUAUCAAUAUUGACGAAUUUUUCGAAGUUCCCCAUAUAGUUUCGAGUGGAGAAACUAUAACGAGCAGUAAAUACUGUCAAAGAGCUGGAGGAAAAGGUGCAAAUCAAUCGGUUGCUUUAGCAAAGGCAGGUGCAUUGAUAUGGCAUGCUGGGAAAAUCGGGCGCGAUGGUGAAUGGAUUAAAAAAUAUAUGAAUAAUCAUGGAGUUAGAGUGGAUCAUAUAAUUAUUUCAGAAGAUCAACCAACUGGACGCGCUUUUAUCCAAGUUUCUCAAAAAACACGAGAUAAUUCUAUUGUCCUUCUGCCGGGAACUAACCAUAUGAUAAGUUUGGAUGAAGCACGUAAAAUUUUAAGUCAAGAAUUUGGAGUAAAUGAUUGGGUUAUUAUGCAAAAUGAAAUUGGUCAGAUAGGAGGUGAAAUUUUAAAACUUUGUAAAGAAAAAGGACUCACGACUGUUUUCAAUCCAUCGCCAUUGUCUGAAAAUAUCAUUAAUGUAUUUUCAUUUAAUCUUGUAGAUUAUUUAAUCGUCAAUAAACUAGAAGCAGUUCAACUUUACAAGCAAAUUAGUGGAUUUAGUUCGGAUGAGGAUAUUUCCAUACAAGAUCUACUCACAUUUAUAUCAAUUAAGUUUAAACACAUUGGAAUUAUUGUGACUCUUGGAAGUGAGGGUCUAUACGCAUGGUACAGACCGGAACAAAAAGUGUUCAACCUUCCUGCUUUUAAAACAAAGGUUUUAGAUACAACAGGGGCAGGUGAUACAUUUACAGGAUAUUUUGUAUCUAGUAUUGUUCGAAGUCUGAAACAAAGGAGAACAAAUAACAGUUUUUCCACAAUUUUACCAACAGCAGAGGAUUUUCUAGAUGCAUUGAAAGAAGCUACUGUUGCCUCAGGUUUGGCUGUCAGUCAACUUGGUGCAAUGGAAAGUAUUCCUUCUUUUAAUGAUGUACAAAAAAGCAAAAUCAUGUUUGAUAUAUAGGUCAUAUUUACUGGAAUACACUUCUAAAUAUAAAAAAUCCAUCAAUUUUGUAUUUCUUAUUACAGUAUUUAAUACCAUAUAACCAUAGUCAUCUAAUUUAUAUUGUUUGUUACCUUUUUUAUUAUUUAUUUUUA